AUGGAAAAGUAUGUAACCGUGGUGUCGGUGGAUGAUCAACUGCUAUCGCCGAUCGUACCGCCACCGAUGGAGCCGGUCGUGAUUGUCGCUAGCAGCGGAACAGGCGCCGACCGUGCGGUGGAGCUUAGCAACAUGGUUGGACUUACCAAACCCGCCAACGGAACGGACGAGCUGGUGUCACACUGUGACGAGCCGGACGACUCACAGUUCGUGACGGUGCUGUCCAUCAACCACGGCGGGGACGGCGGUGGCGGCCGAACGGGCGGGCGACAGAAUGCACCGGAAGUGGUGCUGGUGUACCGAUUACCCGGCGAGCGGCUCGGGUUCGGACUGAAGUUUCAGGGUGGCACAAAGAGCAAUGAGAAAAUACAGCGACUGUUCAUACAGUCGUGUGCAGAAAACAGUCCUGCCUCGCGGGUACAGGCUAGCUGGGGCCAUCUGCGCGAGGGUGAUGAAAUCCUCGAGAUUGACGGUGUUAACGUCAGCCGGAUGACACGCAUUGAGUGUGUGAAGUGUUUGAAAGACAGUAACGUUGCCAUCAAGCUGUUGGUGCGCAACGGAGAGGGAAAGGUACAGAACUUCUACGGUGGAGGGGGCGAACUUCCCGAGCGAAAAGGUGCGCCACCGCCGCCACCACCCGUUCCUCCGCGGAAGUUAAACAAACGCAAGCAGGUGGCGACAGAACAACAAAGUGCACCGGAUGUGGGACCACCGUCUAAGCAGGGAACAAUGUCGAUGGUGCCCACCGCGGAGUCGUUCGCACCUCCACCGGAUGCGGAAACGUACAGCAAUCUCUUCGCGGACGACAUCAGUGAUUUGAUUUCCGAAUCCGAUGACACGGCCAGCACCAUCUCAACCGUGGUGGACAAGUUCUCGAUCUGCUCGAGCCUUUCGUCCGAAGACUAUACGAUCCCGUCGCACGGUGGACCGGCCGGGAUCGGGCAGAGCGCGGAGCUGGCCAAGGCACUGAAGCCUUUCACACUGCUCGAGCAAGAGUUCAAUCUCGAGAGCAAGUUCGAAACGACCAACCUGUUCACCUUCAAACCACCGCCUCCUGCAGCACCGAUCGCAGCCACAUCGAACGUGGUGCAACUGGAAGUACCGGCGGCGGAAAAGCCACGUCCCACGGCCGUCUCCACGGGCGCACCUGUUGCGGGCGAGUACGAAAAUGUCACCAUUAUGAAGGUGGACGAAAAUCGCAACUACGAGAACGUAAGCGUACCGUACGGGCCGUACGAAAACGUCACCAUACAGACGGUGCAGCCGUACGAAAACAUGGUACUGAACAGGUCGGCAGCAAGCCGUCGGCAGAGCAGCACCGAAUCGACACCGCCACUGCAGCAGGUGGACCCGAGCGGGGUGUAUGAAAAUGUCGAACUAAAGGCAACGGUUCCACCACGACCCUUACCCCGACAGGGUGCGCUGGUGGAGCCGAAGAAGCGGGCCCCGAUACCUGUCCCAAUUCCGAUCGUAGUACCACCGCCAAGGCUGAAGCCGGCAAAACCCACAACACCGCCAUCGACGGCGGGCUCAACGCCGCUCGGGUCUGAAUUCAACACGAUUCAAAGCUGGCUACAAGAAGCGACCGAAGUGAUUCACGAGUGUGCUCUGACCGAGAACAGCAGCAAGGAGGAAGAAAUUUCCUCCACCGAGGAGAAAGCGUCAGCGGAUGCAAAACAGCCAACGUCCACAGAUCUUCCGCGGUUGAUCGAUUUUCAUCCGAAAGUAUCGGUACCGUUGCCAGCGCUGGAAGACAUUGAAGCUAUCGCACCGCCCGCAUCGCCCGUAAGAUUCGAAGGAUCCGUCGGGGGUGAAGCCAUGCACGGUUCGGUAGCGGGUGGGGAUGGGUUGACAGGCGGCGGACGGUACGAACUGCCACCGUCCGAGUCGGUCGUUAGGAAAUGUAUUAAAAUUUUGUCCAGCGAGGACCAUACGUACAUCGAGAGCAGCUCGAGCGAUGAGGACGAGGAGAAACUGUACGGUCGGUCGGAGGAUGAGGACGAUCGGAGUAGCUCGUUGUCGCGCGAGGCAACCACACCGGAACAGUUUCUCAGUGGCGACGGUGGCUACAGUGAUGAGGAUGGUGAAAAGCUGGGCCCGCCGGAGAUUGUGUCCGGUGGUCCGUCCGAGGCGUACUUUAACUUCCCCUGGACGUCCAAUCUAUUGCCACCGAUCGGUGAGGUGGAGGAGGAGUUUUCCUCCCUGGAACAUCAGCAUAACGGGCCGAUAGUUAUUAUCAACACGGCGGAAGAAACUGUUAUCAACGACACAAACAACAACCAGCAGCGGGAGCGAAAGAAGCCGAUCGAUGACGAAUCGCCGAAACUGCCACAUAAGACCGUACCGUCGACGAAAAUAGUCAUUACCGCUAGUGCUGGGCACCGUAUCGAACCGAUGAGUGAGGUCGGGCGUAUCGUGGCGGAUUCGGAGAUCUCGCCGAAGGAGUAUGAGCUGGAUGAUGUUGAAGAUGAGCGUGACGAUCAGGGAUCGCCGAUGGAGCAAGGUGAUGAGGAUGAUCAGGAUCGCGAAGCGAUAGAUUCGGAUGAUUCGUUGGAGGUGGACAAUAAUGCAAGUGAGCGAUCGUUGAAGAAGCACGCGGCUAGAAUCCAACACCAGACGGCAGUGCCGGAUGAAAAGGUAAACAACACGCUCAGCGCGACUGAUAAGGCAGAUGUGAUGCAAGUUAGCGUGGAGACAGAGCCGAACCCAACCUGGCAGGACGGUAAUGUGUUGUUGCACGUUAACGGUGGCAUAGGAAACGAUAGCACGACCAUGGUAGACGAUCUUCGGCAGGAACGGCAGGAAAUCAGUGACAGUCCGGUAACGAUCGAGAAUAACACAGCGAUGGAAACGGCGGGUGAUGAGAGUGCGGUGAACGAAACGGGCGAAGAAGAUGGUAGUGAGCUAGCAAACGCGAAUCAAACGACAACGGUCGUGAACGGCCAGGAAGUGAACGACGCGGAUAGCAAUAUCGAUGCGAUCUGUGGUGACGUAGACAUCGUCGUAGGCGAUACCGUUGAGAGUGAUUUUGAGGAGCUGGUCAAAGCGCAAGUCGAACCGCUCGACGUCGAGGACAGUUCGGAGCAGAUACAACAGAUUCAUGAGCGAAUCAUUGUUGGCAUUGAGCGCGCUGUGAGUGAUGAAGCUGUUGUGGAGGAUGUGCUGUUGCCGGUCGGUACCGUGCAGAACCCAGAUUCGGUGACCACCGAUGAUCACCGUGCGGUUGGCACCGUGAUGAUGGUGGACGGUGACGAAGAAUCGACCGUAUCGAGUGAUAUCCCUGUACCGGACGGUACGGUAGAGGAAACUGGCCUCGUACCUGUCACGGAUAAACAGGAACACGGUGAUGAUGCUGAUGACGGUAGGGAGUAUGUAGCUGUUGAGGAGAUACCAGUCGAAAAACAUCCAACUGAACAAGGUGCGCUCUCAAUUACCUUUUGGCAUUGGUUCUACUUCCAGGAAACAGCAAAGUCCAGCCACAUCGCUUCGUCCGGGCUAACGGCAGGCACCGAUAGCAGCGAAGGCACCGCCUACGCCAGCAAUCCUCCCAUCAACACCCACCCUGACGCAGACAAACGGACCGCCCCGGGCAGUGUCACGAGCAUGGACUCGAUGAAUAAUGUAGUGACGACGACAACCACCGUGACCGCCAUUGCCAGCACCGUGCAUCAGCUCAUACCGGCACCGUCCGCCAUCGCAUCCACAGCAGCAACGAAUGGUGGCAAAGUAGCGCCACCGGCAUUCUCACGACUACCACCGGAUGGGCAUGAGUUCCCGCCAAACUUUACCGAACCUUCCGCUGCCAACACGACGACGACGACGGCCGUACCGAACGGCAGCAGCACCAGUGUCAACGGGAACGUUGCCAUCCCGAGUACGGGGCCGGUGGCCGCGAUGACGAUUAUGAACGGUGGCAUUACGGCCCCAGUACUCGCCAAAUCGAACGACAAACAUUCCAGUUUCAAUGAUGAUCUACCCGAUCUGCCUAAAAGUCAUCCACCACCAGUGCCCCGCAAGAUGUCACACACGUCCACCGGGGACGGCUUCCGUAAACCACCACCGUUCCCAACCCGCAGUUCCUCGAUCGCUGAGUCGAUGCUCAGUCGAAAGGAGCUACCGCAAGCGUACCAAUCGCUGCAGAGUGUGUUCGAGCAGCGCCGUCGAUCGGUGGAUGUGCCCGAUCAUCACCAACAUGGCAAACCUCCACCACUACCACAAACCACGGGCAGGAUCACGCUGGUCGGCUCAAACUGGCGUAAGGAUGAAAAGUCGGAAAAGAGCGUACGGGACAAGAUUGCAAUGUUCUCGAGUGCGGCAGAUGCCGAAGGUGCCGUACCACCGGUCCCACAGCACACAGCACCGUUAACGGCCGCACGGAAGUUUAGCAAAGAUUUCACCAAGAGCUCGGAAAACUUGCUCGGAUCGACGCGGGACAUUUCGACCUCGAAGAAGGCGAUCGAAGCGAUCGAAACGUACGCAACGCUGCGCAAGAAAGCGCACAGUGUCGAGCAUCUGGAUGAGGUAGAUCGGGGCGUAACGAUGACAGCGUCCACCACCAGUGAAACGCCGUACAAAGCCAAGUUUAGCCUGGAAACAUCAAAACCGGUCGUGCUGGGGAAGGCAUACAGUGUGGAGAAUCUGAACCCGUUGAAUCGAACCGAAACGGUCAAACCGCUCAGCUCCAAUGGUGGUGUGGAUGGUACGAAAGUUCUCGCCCGCACGACAAGCUUCUCCGGCUACUCGAACGGACACAGCUUAGCGACAAUCGCGAACACACCCGGAAACCUCGGUAGCACCAGCUCGCUCGUAGCGUCUACUAUCGCCAACAACGGUGCGACGGGCACGGACGAGCGCUGGAAGUCAUCCAUCUCGAACCUGCUGGAGCAGCGCAAAAAGUCAAUGUCGAAACUGCGCGGACUCGUCAUCCCGGAGAAGGUACCGGAGACGGAAGCGUUGCCCGAGGCCCGCAUUAUCGGGCUGCCGAUCAUCAAGAGCAAGGACUCGGAAAUUAUCCUAUCAUCCGGUGUCAUUUCCAAACCGGCCGUUGAACCACCAGCGGUGGCACUUUCUUACAGCCGCAAAACCAGCACACUUCCGAUGCCACCGAAAUCGAGUCUCAGUUCGGUGACCGGUCCAUCGCCGACGGUUGCCCUUAGAUCGAGCAAUGGUCAGGACGGGACGUUCCGUUCGUCCAGCACACGUUUGCAGGCCGCGACCGAUUCGAAGCAGUCUGAAUCGGAGUCGGAGAUGGUGCCAACGUUCCGGAAGCCACUGCCACCAAUGCCACCGGUGAAGCCACCCCGGACGUCACUCGUCUAUCCACCGAAAAGUGGAUCAACGGACUGUUUGCGCAGCACGGAGGACGAAAGCGAUGACAGUGAUUCGGUGUUGAGUUCGCGCGUGUCCUCACCACCGGUAUCGCCCGUUGCACCAGUAGCCCCGGUCGAGAAGUACGCACUCACCCGUACACUCAGCUCGGAGACGAACACGUCCAUCACGAGUUCCAACUCGACGCUCACGUCCAGCUCCGGUUCGCAGGCUAGUUGCAGCUCGGUCGGCAGUACACCGACCGUCGACAUUAGUCGAAAGCUCUCCAAAUCGUCCUCGUCCGAGGCGUCUAUGAACCGCAAGAAUGUGCUCGCCUCCGCCAAGUGUCGUAAUGGACGGGGCGGUGAUCUUAAGAUUGAAGAUGUCGGUACAUUCGGCAAUGGAGCGAAAUCGAAACGGUACGAAGACGGUGACAGUACCGACGGGUACGAGGAGGACGAACGCCGCAAAUCUAAAGCCAAACCCCGAAGCUCGCUUACGAACGGUUCACUCACCUCCGGUGGUAAAUCGAUUGGUUACGAGCCGGAAAAGAAGCCGGAACUGACCCACUACAAGGUGGUAGACAGUGUGGAUAGCAUUGUCGAUAAGGUGAUUAAGGUUGCGUCGUACGUGGAGGUCGUUUCCGAUCUGGAGGAUAACGCCGUCGUUGAGGAACCGAUCGUUGCAUCCGCGAUACCGCUCCCAACGGUUGAGAAACCCUUGUCGGCCGUCGUACCCGACCAGCAUUCGAGGAAGAUCUCUCACGAUGCACCGAACGGUGGUUCAAUGUCGGAUCUUGCCAAAUGGGUACGUCACGAGGCUGCCCGUACCAUCUCCCACAAGGAACCCGAAACGGUCACCGUCGCCACGGUUGGUGGGUUGCGUACCGAGAAGAAACCAGCACCACCCAGCUUAGCCCGUACGGUGCUGACGGAACCAGCCGUGCCCGUGCCGGUACGGCGCGAGUUACGUUCGUCGGUUGAAACGAAGAAGCUCAAUUUGGCGGAAAUUCGUAAAUCAUUCGAAUCGAAGUCUGCCAACAGUACCGUCAUCCCGACGCCGGUGAAACAAACACCGAAGGAGCACACAAUUGCACCGACACCGGUAACACCGAUGACGCCUGCCGUACCGACGGCCACAUCACCACCGGUACAUGCCACACCAAAAACCAACACCCAUCACACGAACGGUCACGAUCGGUUCUCGUCCUGGGACUCGUUGGCGUCCUCGUCGUCUGGAGUGUCCUCGCUGCAAACUAACAGUCUCGGAUUGGGAAGUGUCGUCCCGAACUGUACCGGUUCAUCCCAAACGCUGCAGAGCACACCGUCAGACUACGGCAGCUUCUCGUCACUUGGCAGCAGUCACAGUUUGAUCACACCGCAAGACCUGCAGCUAAUCAUUGAAGAGGCAGAUCCACCGCUGGCAACGCCGGAAGCUUUUGUGGUUGUGCUGCAGCGUGAAACACCCGAAAGUAGCAUCGGUAUUACACUUGCCGGAGGUUCUGACUAUGAGGCAAAGGAAAUUACGAUCCACAAGAUUCUCACCAACUCACCCGCGGAUCGGGACGGGCGGUUGAAGAAGGGCGAUCGUAUCCUUUCGAUCAAUGGUCUCAGCAUGCGAGGCCUCACCCAUCGCGAGUCACUCAGCGUACUUAAGACACCACGACCAGAAGUGGUCAUGGUUAUCACACGAUCCAAAUCGCUCGUGCUCGAUACGCUAACGAAGCUAAAGCGACCCUCGAUGGGGUCGCUUAGCUCGCUGGCGGAGAAGAGUGAAAUCGCUACGGAAUACGAACGCAAGCUUAAGAUCCAACAUAAAGCGUCCCGUUCGUUGGAUCUCGAUCACCUGGAUGUGGCAUCGAAUGAAGCUGAAAGUGUAUUCGAUGGUACCGCAUCCGAGGAUGGUCUGCUGUCGGCAGAUGAUGUGUCCAAAUGUUCCUCUAGCAAUGCUACUGACAAUGCUUCCUUUUCCACCACGGAUGUCUCGGAAGGCUGUCGCAUGGUUGAAAUCAACAAGGACGGUGCCGGUCUUGGGUUCUCCAUCGAGGGUGGUUACGAUUCACCAACCGGCAACAAGCCUUUGAUAAUCAAGAAGAUCUUCAUGGGUGGUGCCGCCGAAAAAUCCGGCCUGUUACGUGCCGGCGAAGAGAUUGUUGCCAUUAAUGAUAUCUCGAUCGCGAAGAUGACGCGGAUACAGGUGUGGAACAUGAUGAAGAAGCUGCCGAACGGAGGCGUACGCAUUACGCUCAAGUGAACAAAAACAGCCAUCCUGCCUCGGGCGGUGAAGGAGUGUGUGGACAGUGUGUGAAGACAUGUCCACCAAGCGGAUUACUAACUAAACCCUUGUACACAGCUUAUUUUAUUUACUAUACUCGUGCGCUGAUUGUAGUUGCAUACUGCGCAUAUCCUUAUACAUAU